AGUGCAGACUAAUAUAGAAAGUCUCACUCUCAUACACAGGAAAAUUCCAUGGAAAUUGCAAAUUGGAGUCCUUGUACGGACGUAAAGAACCUUUUGCUUCUUUAUAAGCGCCUUUUUUCCACUCCUGAUCAGGCACUCUUCACUCGAUCAGUAAAGAUGAGUUUUUCUCGUUUUGGUAAAACAAAUUCUCUGUUGCUUUUCAAUGCCAACCCUUUCUUCAUCCAGUUCGGUUACUUCCUAGUUUUCUCUCUACUUGGUUAUUUAGCUUUGAAGGUCUCAAAGCCAAGAACUGCGUCGUUUAGGCCUUACGAGGACAUUGAUGUGUUCUUCACGUCCGUCUCUGCCACCACAGUUUCAAGCAUGUCAACUAUCGAAAUGGAGGUUUUCUCCAACACCCAACUCGUCAUUAUGACAGUCUUGAUGCUUGUUGGCGGGGAGGUUUUCACUUCCCUGCUCGGGCUUCAACUAGCCAAGUUCAAAAUGUCCAAAAAUCGUCAAAUCGAUGUUGAAUAUGAAAUCAAACGCUUAGAUGGUGAUAGUACUCUUACGUAUAGCUCUAUUGGGUUUUUGGGUUACGUGGUGAUGGGUUAUCUAUUUGUAGUUCAUUCGGUUGGUUCUUGUUUGGUUGCGUUGUACAUAAUCCUUGCUCCAAGCGCAAGAAAAGUACUGAAAAACAGGGGCCUAUAUAUACCGACAUUUUCUGUCUUCACGACUGUUUCUACUUUCUCAAACUGCGGUUUCAUCCCAACGAACGAGAACAUGGUGGCUUUCAAGAAGAAUUCAGGUCUCCUACUUCUUCUCAUUCCACAAGUCCUCAUGGGGAACACUCUGUAUCCGCCAUGCCUGCUAUUUGUUAUCUGGGUUUUGAAGAAAGCCAGUAAACGGCCGGAAUUCGGUUACAUAUUGAAGAAUUACAGAGAUAUGGGCUACAGCCAUUUGCUCCCUUUUCCUCGUGCCGCUCGUCUUGCUGUGACUGUUUUGGGCUUCAUAUUGAUACAGUUUAUACUAUUUUGCUCUAUGGAGUGGAGUUCAGGAGCCAUGGAUGGCCUGAAUUCCUAUCAGAAACUCGUCGGCUCGUUGUUUCAAACUGUAAACUCGCGGCAUGCCGGUGAAUCUGUCGUUGAUAUCUCCAACAUCUCUUCAGCAAUUCUGGUGCUCUACGUCGUAAUGAUGUAUCUCCCGCCAUAUACUACCUUCCUUCCGAAGAAAGAUGAUGACCAGAUUUCAGAAAAGGUGAAAGAAAGCCAAAGUCGAAGGAAGACUUUAAUGGAGAAUCUGAUGCUCUCACAUCUCUCCUAUUUAGUCGUGUUCGUUAUUCUCAUAUGUAUAACAGAGAGACACAAAAUGAAGCAAGAUUCCCUCAAUUUCAACAUGCUGAAUAUCACCAUUGAAGUGAUAAGUGCAUACGGGAAUGUUGGGUUCACAACUGGGUACAGCUGCAAACGCCUACAGCUACUUAAACCAAAUAGCUCAUGUACGGACAAAGGGUACGGAUUCGCUGGAAGAUGGAGUACCGAGGGAAAAAUGAUUCUCAUCCUUGUUAUGUUCUUUGGAAGGCUUAAGAAAUUCAGUAUAAAAGGUGGUAAAGCCUGGAAGCUUUCCUAACGGUAACGGAGGUCUACUAAAAGUAAUUUAAGAGUAUGUUGGGUAAAGUAUUUUUUUCCCUCUUUUUUUUUUUUUUUUUUUGGGUCGUAGUUUGAAAAAGUGUUUUAAUAUGAUAUAAAUAUGAAU